AUGUUAAGAGCGAUAAAUUUCAGAACUCCAUUCCUUUAUAAAGUCUGCAGGUCCUAUUCUACAGUUAACCUAGCAAGGAAUGAGUUGCCUUACAGCUCGCAAGAAUAUGACAGAAUAACUAAGGACAUAGUUCUUCUACGCCUCGCCGUUUGUCCCACAGCUCAGGUAAAUAUUUGUAGAAACGAUGAUUACCAAGAAUCAAGCACCCUCGCUGGGGACCCUAGGAGCAUAUCAAGUGAACGCGAAGAAAUUCGUGCCGAAGUCCUUGCAAAGUGGAAUCAAAGACCGCAGUUGGACACAGAGAAAGAGUGGAUUAAACAUUCCAUUCACUACUGA